GACAGAUUUAAGUCAUAUUACAAGUUAGCGUCCUCAUUACUUACGAUUUAACUAUGGCUCAGUAUAUCCCAGUCACUAUUAUUGCUAACUUGAUUCGUUAAUUUAAUUGUCAAUUUUGAUGAAAGUUGGCCAGGUAAAUAAAGAAGACUAACUUUAUCAUGCACUUUCGACGAAAAGUAUAUUUUAAUUUCCACCUUCGAACUCUUUCUAAAUUUAUUGUUAUCCUGAUACUUACGUGUUUCAUGUUAUUCAGUAUUUAUGUCACAAAUCGAAAUAAAAAUCAUCUUGAUGAAAUUGUUAUAGAAGAAACAGGCACAGAAAUUUAUGAUUUUGGUGUUAAUGUUGUUGUAUUUAAAAAUGUUUUCAUUGAUCCAUCUAAAGUCGUUGGUGCAAUUGGAGGUGAAGAUCCUAUGAAAGUCGCUAACCAACCAGAAUCUUAUGAACUCUUGGAUUUUCAAUAUGGAUUUAUCAAAACUAGUGUUAAGCCAAAUAUAAAAAAAGAACAAUUACGUUCGUAUGAAACUAAUGUAAUUACGUUUCUCAAAUCGGUGGAGGUAAUUGAUUCUGUGAACUUGGAUACAACAAAUAUAUAUAAGGAAAAAAUUGUGUUUUUAAUAACACGUGUAGAAUAUGCUAAUUUAUAUCAUACAAUGACUGAUUGGUAUAAUACUUAUAUAACAAUGAAAUUACUUAAUUUAACAUCAAAUAAUAUACAUUUAUUAAUAACUGAUGGACAUCCUAUAGGUAAAUUAGAUGAAGUAUGGUAUCAAUUAUUUAAUUAUUCUAUAUCAAGAAUUGGUGCUUAUAGACAAAUAACAAAUGAUAAUAAUACAAAUUUAAUACGUAUAUUACCUAUGAAUAAAAAUCAUUUAUUACAUAUUCAUAAACUUAUUAUUAUACCAUAUGGUUAUUCAAGUCCAUUAUAUGUAGAUAAACCACUUUUAUCUAAUAUGUAUAUUGAAGAAUUUCGUCAAUUUCUUCUUCAGAGUUAUCAUUUAAAUAUUAAUAAUAAUAAUUUAUGUAAUAAACAUUUAAUAAAUAAUUAUAAAUUACCACAAAUUAUUAUUAUUAGUCGUCGUAAUUAUAUUGCACAUCCACGUAAUAUAAAUGGACAUAUUAGUAGAAAAAUUAAUAAUGAAUUACAAUUAUUAAAUCAAUUAAAAUUAUUAAAUUUUACAAAUUCAUUCAUUAUUGAUUUUAGUAAUUUAACUAUAAUAGAACAAUUAAAUUUAAUUAUAAAUACAGAUAUAUUAAUUGGUAUGCAUGGUGCUGGUUUAACAUAUAGUUUAUUAUUAUCUAAUACAUCUAUAGUAAUUGAAUUAUUUCCAAAUUAUUGUUGUAUUAAUAAUCAACAUUUUAUUAAAUUGACUAAAUUACGUCAUAUUGAUUAUUAUGCAUAUUAUGGUUUAUCAAUAAAUGAUAAUAAACAAUUAGAAUCAACUUAUAUACCAAUUGAUGAUUUUCAAACAAUCAUAUUACAAACUUAUAAUAAAUGGAAAGAAAAUUGUAAGAAAAUAAAUGAAAAAAAAAGGAUAUGAUCUUUUUUGAGGAGGGUAGGGGGGAGUUUCGUUUCUUUGUUGUUGUUGUUGUUGUUGUUGUUGUUGAGAAACUAUUUUUGGGGGGGUGAAGAUUAAAUCAUCAUGAGUAACUUCUGCUGAGACCUGUUAAUUGAUUCAUAUUAUCUAUACAGUCUUAUGGUAUAAUUAUUUAAUAAUUAGAUUGUGUAUAUUUAUAUUCUCCUUGUUAUAAGCUUUAUUUUGAUUUAUAAUUUAUUAUUGUACGAUUAAUGGUUCUUAUACUAUGUUCAGUUUUUUGACUACUGUCUCCCACGUUCACAGUCACUUUUUGGCUUUAUAGUGUAACAACGUUAUUUCCUAUUUUAUGGUACGUUGCGAUCUGUUUGGUUGAUAUAUAAACCCAGUAUGUCUGAAAUCAAUGAUUCGACUCAAUUCGCGUAGUGGAAUCUAGUAUUUGGUGUUCUGGACUCAAGUGGACGGGCUAGAUGGCCAUGUGACCAAUAAGGACGCUAGACUGCCCAUACCGGUCGAACGUCAUUGGUUUUCGCACAGUGCUACGAUUGUAAAAGUCUUAUUUUGAUUGGUGGAUAAAUCACGUGAUAAAAAGCCGGACACAAAGUCAUAACAGGGUUUUUUUUUGUUUUUUUUACAGUGAAAUAACUGAUUUAAUGAUGUAUAAACAUUUAUAUACAGAUCUAUAUGGAUACUAAUAAUAGUAUUUGUGAUACAUUGAAAAACAAAUAGAUAUUGUAAAGGGAAUUGUACAUUGCUCAGAAAUAGAAUUAAACAUUUUUCGGUAGGGGGGAGGGAUAUUCUUUUCUUUUUUUUUAAAACACGAAUUUUGAAGGGGGCGUUUUAUCUUUUUUUAACAUUUUGUUGUUGUUUUUUUUACGCUGAACUAAGUGAUUUAAUGAUGCAUAUAUAUCUAUAUAAAAACCUAUAUGAAUACAUUGAAAAACAAUUAGAUAUUGUAAAGAGAACUGUAAAUCGCUCAGAAACUGACUAAAUAAUUUGGGGUGGGG